AAAAAAAAAAAUAAAUAAAUGAAACAUUUAUAAACAGAUAAUUUCAUCUUUUUUUUUUUUUUUUUUUAUUUCACUCUUUCACCUUUUCUUAUUGUUGUUAUUAUGCAGUUCUCUAACAUCUUUAAGCACCAUCAUAAAGAUACAAAGACUGAAUCUACUCCAAAAGAAGAAAAAAAGCAUCAUCAUCAUCAUCAUACCGAUACUUCGAAUCUUCCUAAAGGAUUUGCUAACGAUGUUAUGAGAUCUUCUAAUAAGCCUGAUACUCUUUAUGGUUUUGAUGACCCUACUGCUAGACGUUUAGGUCCCGUUCCUAGUGAAGAUCCUACUAAUACAGGUGCUUAAAUAGUAUUUUAUGAUAUAAUAAUAAUCUUUAUUAUAAUAAUAAACAUGAAUGGAUGUUGUACUUUUAUAAUACCGCGGAACGAAUGCAUCAUGUAUAAAUAUAGGCUAUUCAUAUAAAAAUCUUGCCUUGUCUCAAACUUUAUAAUUAUCGAAAAUGAGGCUUGUGUAUUUAUUUUCAGGUAACAUGACAGCUAUUAUCACUCAAAAAAAAAAAAGACCUGCUUAGCCUUAUUCUUUUAUACGUACUUUAUUUUAUUUAUAUAUUUUUAUCUUUUUGGUUUAAUAAAAAUAAAUAAAUAAAUAACAGUUCUAUCUUUUAA